AUGCUGUGUAAAACGAUAUUUGUAUGGAUGCUUGUUGGUUUUGCUUCCGUCGAGAACAAGUCACCAAUAUCUCCAAAGACUGAUUCAUUUCAUCAUCAAAAGUCGCUUGUACUCGCCACCGAAACUUCGAGCAAAAUGAUACGUUGCCUCAAAGAUUGUUCUUUUGAAUUUCCCUUGAAUAGUUCAUUAGUUAUUCCAUCACAAUGCGAAUCUUAUGUUCAAUCUAAAGCAUGUGCAAUAAAUUUUGGUAUAGAUUACGUUACAAAUAUGGGCAUUAUCAAUUUUGAUGGUGACAAUGACACCGAUGUUGUCUUUGAUGCUAGUCUGAAAGCAACCGCUCGUUUCACUUCUGAUCAAAGUGACAAACACGUAAAUUGGCGAUAUGUUUGCAUGACUGAUAAUGACUGUAAUAGCAACUAUUUUACCAAAUAUGCUUCAUAUUAUCUUGAAACGACUAAACAAGUACAAAAUUUGUAUUCUCAUUUGUAUACAUACCUCUAUAACAAUGGUAGUUCGGCAAGUGUACAACAAUGUUAUAAAGAUCCGAAUAGCACAGUCGGAUGUCAAGAUGGCAUGUGCGAAUAUAUAUGGGACGACAUCAUGAAUCACACUGCCAUUUACAAUUGUAAGCCAAAGGAAAAGCGUCUUGAAAUUUUUUACCGUAUAAAUGAAAUAUCAUCAAUGAAUACAAUAACCAAGACAAUACAAAUGCUUUUUUUCAUAUGUGAUAUCGAUGGAUGCAAUUCACCUGAAAAUGCGAUAGCGGUUAGAAAAGCAAUUGAAGAUAAUUGGCUUGAUGGGCUUCUAUUUGGCAUAUACCUCAUCGCUCAUAUCACUGAAUGUGAUAAUAAUCGUGUCACACGUUUAAGAGCAAAUUCAACAUCGGGUGCUAACGGGACCCUUGCUGUAGGUGGAAAUGGCGCUGGUAAUACCACUACCCAGCCCAAUUAUUCAUGGACUAUCCAUUAUGCUACAUCUGUGAGCAUACCAGGUGUGCAAGGAUCGAAUACUACACUUUCAUGCCAUCCAAUUGGUAUCAAAAUUGAUAGCUUUAUAAAUAUAGACGUUGCUGGUAAUGGAAGUCAUCGAAUACAGAUGUUUUGUCGUAACAAUAAGACGAGUAUCAUGGUGGCAGGUGAAUUCGUAGGUGGUAACAGUUUAACACAACUUGUGAAUCCUGACGGAGUCGUGUUUGAUUCUUCACUGACUAUGUACGUUAUCGAUGUAGGAAAUCAACGUAUUCAAAAAUUUCUCAAAUUUUAA